AUGCGGCAACGCAUUUGGGAACGACCCAGGGUGGUACUGCUGGUGCUGGCGGUGGUGUUCGGCGGUUGCUGCAGUGUGGUGCAAAGUGUAGGUAUCUAUGAUCCUAGAACCGCAUCGAACCACAGGCACCAGGUCCACAUGAUGCCCGAGAUGCACGGCGCGUAUAGCCAGGUUCAUCACCACCGUGCGCACGAACAACCAUCGCAGCAGUACAUCCCAUUCGAUCACUAUCUGUAUGCGCAGCCACAAAAACAGACGCCAUCCCUGGUAGGGUCCCAACAGCCUAGUGGUCCUUCGGCUUCGUACUAUCAACCGGGUGUCCCGCUUGCGCCUUAUCCUAGUGAAAUGAAACGCCCGCUGGUGUACGGACGAUCACAGCCGGUUCCAGUGGAGAUGGCCUCACGUGCGGGCUUCGGUUACGGUAGCGAGGAUCGACAACUGAAAGACUCCGCCCCCGCGAAAGUCGUCCGCCAGCCAGUACACACGCUACUAAAGAACUUAAACGGGCUCGAGUGUCCUGAAGGCAUGACGGGACACUUUACGUACGUUAUGGACUGUCGGCAGUUUUUGAACUGUUGGAAAGGCCGCGGAUCCAUCCAGAGCUGCGCUCCCGGUACGCUGUUCAAUCCAGUCACGCGAGAAUGCGAUCACGCAGCUAAGGUAGUCUGUCUACCGGUGCCUUCGUUGAACUCUGUCGUCGAACCGACCCAUCGGGAGGCUCCGAAGCUAGCGGCCUACAGUGAACCCAAGCCGGAACAAGUGGACUGCCCACCGGGAAUAAUUGGAUUACGUCCACAUCCAACCGAUUGUCGCAAAUUUUUAAACUGUAAUAAUGGGGCUCGGUACGUUCAAGAUUGUGGACCUGGGACGGCUUUCAACCCUCUCAUUCUCGGCUGCGAUCACUUACGAAACGUGAACUGCGACAAUACGGAGAAUGUGAUCGUGGAUUACGAUCGUCCCGCUCGACCGAUAGUUCAGAUCACUUCCCGACCAGUCCCGACAAUCGUCAGUCCACAUAACAAACCACCAACGGGACAGGGUUACGAUAGGCCAACUCAGCCGGUAGUCCCUGUGGUACAACCGCAACCCACUCCGGCACGCUAUCCAACGCAAGUUCCGGCCGCUUCCCGACCUGUUCCGGCAAUUGCCACUCCACAAAACAAACCGCCAACGGGACAAGAAACGUUCAAUCCUGACGUGGAGCAAAUUGAACUGGAUCAACAACCGACAGAAGCCACCGUUGUUGAUUACGUAGAACCAGACAAUUAUGAAUAUGAAGGGUUUGAUCUGCGGUCCAACUUUGAAGAACCGGAGAGAACAGUGGACAACCGUCAACCGAAAGUGAUUGCAGGUGCAAAUUCGAACAAGCCCUACCCCGUGUACGUGCGGCCUCCAACAAAAGCUCCGGAAUCGCUACAUCGUGCGCCCGUGUACGUGGCCGCCCCGUCGCAAUCAACUGCUGGAACCACAGCACGGACUCCAACUAGUACGCCGCGUCCGAUGGGAACUCCGCAUCCGACGGUUCGCAAGGAGGAGAUCGACAUACAGCAACACUUGGAUGCACUCAAGCUUAUGCUAACACCGUACAUGAAAGAGCAAAAGCACACGGUGGACGUUAAUGUGACGAAACUCAGCACCAUGAUGACGACCACGACGACGACGACGGAGGCGCCCCCAAUCGUGCACGUGAUCGGUCUUCCACCACCGACUCCACAGAACACCGCCAACAAGCCGUCAUCCGCGGCACCGUACGUGUUGCCAACACCGAGCGAGGUGAGCGAGUUCAUCUAUGGAUCGUCCCAACCGGUCCCUCUGGCCCCGUGGCCACUUCCGCCUCCGUACAUCACAGAACCCGCGGAAGGAUCACUUAACCGGCAGCACGCUUCAGCCCCUGAAUCGGUCGUAUAUCCGAUCUACCGACGUCCGGCAACCACGACCACAGUGAAGCCCAUGGCCAUUCAGAGCCGCUUCGGUGACAACCGGCCCACACCUGGACGGGCCGUCCUGACUACGACCACAACGACCACCACGCCGGAUCCGUGCUACGGCAAGUUUAUCUGUGGUAACGGAGUGUGCAUCGACGAAGCGGAAGUGUGCGAUGGACGGGAUGGAUGCGGUAACCAGGCCGACGAGCAGGAGUGCGAACACAUCGGGUAUCAGCUGAAGCUGUCCAAGAAGGCACAAGGAAGCGUCGAGGUGCGAGUAUACGACCGCUGGGGUUACGUGUGUGACGACGGAUUCGGGAUAGAGGCGGCCAACGUCGUUUGUCGGGAACUUGGGUUCCCGUUGGGGGCCAUCGAAGUGAAACCGCACUCCUUCUUCCCACCCAAUGUGACCGAUCCGGAUGACGAACCGGACGCAGGACCGUUGUUCAUGAUGGAUGCCGUUCGGUGUCACGGCAACGAGAGCUCCUUGCGAGAAUGCACCUUCGGAGGGUGGGGCGUGAGCGACUGCAACCGCGAGGAGGUGGUGGGGGUGGUGUGCAGAACCCCCGUUAUGGCCUGCCCACAGGACUACUGGCUAUGCCACGCGUCCGAGGAGUGCAUCCCGGUGCCAUUCCUGUGCGAUAACGUGCGGGAUUGCGCGGACGGGUCGGACGAAUCGCCAGAGCACUGCAAGGCCCCGCUUGCUGUCCGGCUCGUCGCUGGACCGACGGAUCGAGAGGGCCGGGUGGAGAUCAACUACCACGGAACCUGGGGUACGGUGUGCGACGACGACUUUGGCGUGCGGGAGGCUCGCGUCAUCUGUCGCCAGCUCGGCUACAACGGAACGGCGGAAGCACGGAAGAACGUUUAUCCGCCCGGUGCCGGCCAGAUUUGGCUGGAUGAGGUGAAAUGCAACGGAACGGAGGCGUCGAUUGAGGAUUGCGUGCACUGGCAUUGGGGAGAGCAUAACUGCGGCCACGCAGAGGACGUCGGUGUGCGGUGUGGUGUGUAUGUCCCGACGAAACCAAGUGCUGCUCGGCUCCGGAACACGCGACGCAACCCACGGUUGGACUUCGUCGAGAGGUCGCGCAAGAUCCAUCCGGACAAGUGUGGCCGCAUCAUGGUGGACCCGACGCUGCGCCGGCCAACCCAUGGAGCCCGGGUUGUACAUGGCUCGGAGACGGUGUACGGUCACCACCCGUGGCAGGCAUCACUGAGGGUAAAAACCCUUCACUGGUGCGGUGCGGUGCUGAUUACGCGCUACCACGUACUGACGGCGGCCCACUGCCUGGUGGGUUACCCGAAGAGCACGUACCGUGUCAGGAUCGGGGACUACCAUACGGCCAACUACGAUGCUGGGGAGUUGGACAUGUUCAUCGAAAACACGUACAUCCACGAACAAUUCCGGGAGGGUCACCACAUGAGCAACGACAUCGCGGUCAUAGUGCUUAAGACGCCGGUGCGCUUCAACGAUUACGUGCAGCCGAUCUGUCUGCCGGCCCAGGAUGCACCGUAUGAGCCGGGACGAAACUGCACCAUCUCCGGGUGGGGUGCGACGGUGGAAGGUUCGAAAGAUUCGUCAUACGAUUUGCGGGCCGGAACGGUACCACUCUUGCCGGACAGCGUCUGCCGGAGACCGGAAGUUUACGGAGAUUCCCUCAUCGAUGGCAUGUUCUGCGCGGGUACGCUCGAACCGGGUGUUGAUUCGUGCGAUGGUGAUUCCGGUGGUCCGUUGGUGUGCCCGAGCGGUGAUGGACUGCACAUGCUUACCGGAAUUGUGUCAUGGGGAAAGCACUGCGGAUAUGCGAACAAACCAGGCGUCUAUCUGAAGGUGGCACACUACCGCGAUUGGAUCGAGCAAAAACUCAACCAGUCGCUCCACCAGUACGGAGUUUGAAGCACUGUUGCAGUUUUACCCGUAAGGCGUACUGACAUAUAUGCUGCGAAGAGUCAGUAGGCUAUGAACAUAUAUAUUUCAACUGUUCAGGGAAUCUCGCAAGAAUCAAUCAUUUUGAAAAUGAUGGAAAAAGGGCUUUACAAAAAGCGUAUCGCUGAUGAAUCAAGUCUACCAUAAACCAUGGGAGUGCCUAAAUGUACCUUAAUAAUUUUGAUGGCAUGUUUUUUAAACAUUUUCUCUUACUAGCUUAGUAAAAAC